AUGUCUUCGAUUAGUACGGAACCAUCAGCGAAUCUCUCUCUGUUAGAGAACGGUGGCAGGAGCGGCGAUCACGACGACGGCGAUAAACGAACGCCGACGAGAGAGACGGCGGAGAUAUCUAGACGUGGUCGGAGAACGGUGCAGAAUCUAUCGGCGACUUCGUUGACAAGGAAGAGAUCGGAUCUGAAACUGAUUUCGAGAAUUCCUUGGGAGUUUCUGAGAGUGAUAUUAUCGAAUCUUCAAGAAGUUCUUCUCGGAACCAAACUGUUUCUUCUUUUUCCGGCGGUUCCUCUCGCCGUCGUCGCUCACCGUUACGAAUGUCCACGUGCGUGGGUUUUUGCGUUGAGCUUGCUGGGAUUAACGCCUUUGGCAGAACGUAUCAGUUUUCUCACAGAGCAAAUUGCUUUUCAUACCGGUCCAACAGUCGGGGGAUUAAUGAACGCGACUUGUGGAAACGCGACGGAGAUGAUAAUAGCGAUACUAGCGGUUGGACAAAAGAAGAUGAGAAUAGUGAAACUCUCACUUCUUGGCUCUAUUCUCUCAAAUCUUCUCUUCGUCUUAGGCACUUCUCUCUUCUUUGGUGGUCUCUCUAAUCUCCGCAAACACCAGUUUUUCGACCGAAGGGAAGAAGAAGAGGAUGUGUAUGACGAUGACGUGAGUGACAAGGCAGAAGAAGAAGCCGUAAUUGGAAUGUGGAGUGCGAUUUUUUGGCUUGUUAUAAUGACACUCCUCGUUGCUUUGCUCUCUGACUAUCUCGUCUCCACUAUCCAGGACGCAGCAGAUUCGUGGGGAUUAUCAGUGGGAUUCAUAGGAAUAAUACUGUUACCAAUUGUUGGUAAUGCAGCUGAACAUGCUGGUGCUGUCAUCUUCGCCUUCCGUAACAAACUCGACAUAACUCUGGGAAUUGCUCUUGGGUCUGCAACACAAAUCGCUUUGUUCGUAGUACCAGUGACAGUGUUAGUGGCAUGGAUCAUGGGAAUAGAAAUGGACCUUAACUUUAACCUCCUUGAGACCGCAUGUCUUGCCUUGGCCAUCCUCGUGACAUCCUUCACAUUGCAGGAUGGGACUUCGAACUAUAUGAAAGGCUUGGUUCUUCUUUUGUGUUAUGUUGUCAUUGCUGCAUGCUUCUUUGUCUCUAAAUCACCCUCAACCGAAACUAAUACACUCAAUCAUUCAAUGACGCAAAGACUCUCAGGCGAGAUUCAGAAAGCAAAAAAAAUCCUAAAAUCGAAAAAAUCAGCCAUGGAAGAAGAGAAAUCGCUUCUUCAAUUCCGUACUAUUCCUUCGCUAAGGACCUCCGAUUUCGUUCUCACCGAAGAACCUUCAUGGAGGCUGGAGAACAACAACGUCUCGUCGAAUCGCCGGAGAUUGAACAAAAGAAACGGCGGCGUUUUGAGCAAUUUCGCCUCGUUAUCGGUAGCGAUUAAGAGAGAUCGGAGGGAAUCUGAGUUUAACGGCGGAAAUGGCGGAGCGUUCGCGUCUGUUUCGGUGGUGGAGAAAGUGAUUCCGAAGGAUGAGGACGAUUUCGGGCCUACUUCGGCUCAGUUAUUGAAAAAUCCGAUCGCUCUUCUGUCGAUCGUACCGAAAGACGCCGCACUGUUCUUUGCCGGAGCUUUCGCCGGAGCCGCCGCAAAGUCAGUGACGGCACCGCUUGACCGUAUAAAGCUCCUUAUGCAGACACACGGUGUUCGAGCUGGGCAACAAAGUGCGAAGAAGGCUAUUGGUUUCAUAGAGGCGAUUAUGCUUAUUGGAAAAGAAGAAGGUGUUAAAGGUUAUUGGAAAGGAAACCUACCUCAGGUGAUAAGGAUCAUACCUUAUAGCGCGGUCCAGUUGUUUGCAUAUGAAUCAUACAAGAAACUCUUUAGAGGAGAAGACGGUCAAUUGUCAGUUCUCGGAAGGCUCGGUGCUGGUGCUUGUGCUGGCAUGACGUCUACGCUGAUUACAUACCCUUUAGAUGUGCUGAGAUUGAGGUUAGCUGUUGAACCAGGGUAUCGAACCAUGUCCCAGGUUGCCUUGAACAUGCUGCGGGAGGAAGGACUUGCAUCAUUCUAUAACGGUCUCGGUCCUUCGCUUUUAAGUAUAGCUCCUUACAUUGCCCUCAACUUCUGCGUCUUUGAUCUGGUAAAGAAAUCUUUGCCAGAGAAGUAUCAAAAAAAGACACAGUCGUCGUUGUUAACAGCAAUUGUUGCUGCUGCUAUUGCUACCGGUACUUGCUAUCCGUUAGAUACCAUUAGAAGACAGAUGCAAUUGAAGGGUACUCCAUAUAAAACCGUAUUAGAUGCUUUCUCAGGUAUCAUUGAGCGUGAAGGAGUUAUCGGCUUGUACCGUGGAUUUGUCCCCAAUGCCCUCAAAAGUAUGCCAAACAGCAGCAUUAAGCUAACAACAUUCGACAUCGUCAAGAAACUCAUUGCAGCAAGUGAUAAGGAAUUCCAAAGAAUCGCGGAUGAUAAUCGCAAGAAAGCAAGUCCUAACACUGAAACAACCGACGAACAAACCUGA